AUGGUUUAUCUCAAAACCGUGACUUAUAAGGGUAAGGAUCGGGUAGCACUUAACACUAAGUUGACGCCUAGAUACAUGGGACCGUACCGAAUCCUGGAGAGGAUUGGUCCGAUGGCCUACAAGUUGGAGUUACCUCUGGCUAUGUCAGCUUUUCAUCCGGUGUUUCAUGUGUCGAUGCUAAGGAAAUGCAUCACGGGACGGGAGAAUAUGAGAGGUCCGCAUAAGAAGAAGAAGACGAAAUUAAUUCAGGUCGUAUGGGAUUGUGAAGGGAUAGAGGAGACGACUUGGGAACCAGAAGAAGUUAUGAAAGUGAACUUCAAGAAGUGGUUCGAUAAGAGAGAGAUUCCUCGUAAGGAAAGUAAAGAUUCGAGGANUGAACGGACUGUCCGAGCGUACCAUACGGACGCUCGAGGAUCUUUUGCGAGCAAGUGUCUUGGAUUGGGGAGAUAA